AUGCCCUUCACGGAUCCCGUUUCCAGCGUUAGCGGACGCAACAGCAGAGCCAGCAACGUCUCUGGAGCGACGGGAGCAUCUCGCUCCGUCCGCUCUCCACCACCAAGCAUGCCUCCGAACGACACAUUGGCCAACGCAGGCGUCCUCAGUAUGUUAAAGACUUCUACUGAUACUGGCGACAUUGGUGCCCUCUCCUUCAACAGCUCCCGCUUGCCUUCCAUGCCGCGAGCCACCCACCAGCGACGAGGACACGCUUCUAGACCUUCAAUAUCUGCACAGCACAUGUCAGGCACUACCUCGAAUCACAGCUACGCACCAUCUCAGGCUUCACGCAUUAGCUCCCAGUGGGAUGCUCAGUCGACCCAAAGACGCGGCUCCCUCACCAGCAUGCAGAGCAUGCCGCCUUCCCUCCCGCCCGUUCAUCUCGGAAAGCCUUCUCUGCACACAAUGCCUCCAACGCCAGACAACCCUCGCGAGCCUCGCUCGUACUCCAUGACGUCCGCAGCGCCCAGUCAGCAGCUCCCGAGACAUCGAUCUGCUACAAGCCUCAAGAGCCAAGGACAUGAGCCGCGCAACGGAUCUCGGCCACCUCCAGGUCCUGUUCCGCCUAUGCCAGAGAAUCGGGGCCCAUUCGUGUAUCCGACGAGGUUGAAGCGUCCAGGAUAUCGUUCGCCUUCGCCAGCACUCAGCGAUACGUACCCUCAUGUGGUUUCACACAACAUGCCUCUCAGAGCUCCAAUGGCUAGCCCGCCGCAUCAGCCUUCAAUGCAAGGCUAUGGUGGUUACUACGGACACUACCCUGGAGGCUACGCUCAAGACCCACGGCACUUGAAUGUCCGGCCACCACCUCGUACAGCCACCAAUUCUCCUGGAGCUUACGAUCCGAACGUGUACAACUACCGGACAGGCUCAAUUCGCGGUGGAGUCCCGCCAAUGAUGCAGCAGGGCAUGCCGCAGAUGAUGCACCCACAGCACCCACAGCAUCCAAUGCAACCACCGCAUCCCUCGAUGCUACCACGAGGAGGAUACAACGCUCCUCAGUACGGCCCGCCGAGGCCUGGCCAUGCAUACCCUCAAGCUCCGCAUGCUGGGUAUCGCCACCCUCCACCAUCCAACGUCGGACCUAUGGCUCAUCAGAUGUUCCACAAUGCUGCACGCAUGGCUCGCCAUCUUCCGCACCGUACUGACACUCCAAUGACUGACGUGCCAUCGUCCGAUCCUGCUUCAUCGAGUUCAGCACCGGAUUCAUCCAACCCGCCGACUCCGAAGGACCACACCACGAUUCAAGUCGUGGUUGAUCCCGCGUUUAUCAACCCGGACUUGGUCGACUUGCCUGAUUCAUCAAGCGAGCCUGUGCUUCCUGCAAAGUACUUCGACUAUGCAGACGGACUUGAGAAGCCGAUCCAUGAGCCAGACAUUGAGGUUCCGCACCCUUCAGUACCACCUUCGGGGUUUGUUCAGAGAGUCAAAGCGAUGCUGGAGUCGAAAGCUGGAGCCGAAGCGGCGGCCAAGCGGGAGCACGAGAGAGGCAACCGUCUGGAGCAAAGCAUGCUCUCCAUCGACGCCGAUCAGGAUCAAGAGGACGUCUCCGAACUGAUGGAGCUUCACGAGCUUGCUGCCAACGAGGCUUCGCGGUUUACCAUCAUCGAAGAAUUUGAAGCACCUGUCGAACUACCAGCUUCGCCCGUGAAGAUUCCGGAGCUCGAGGCUACUGAGCCUGGCGAACGGCACGCGGAGUCGCAACGUCUUACUCGAGAGCUGGUCAAGGCGGAACUUGGCCCUUCCAGCCCUGACAAUACUCAGGCCCAGCUGGAUGACACUACGACACGUAUGAUACUGGGCCUUGAUCAGGCGACGCAGACUGCAGAAGAAGCCAUGACAGAGGCUGCUUGUCAGUCUGGGCCGUCAUCGCAACGUUCAUCAGAUGAGAAGCGUCGUCAAGAAUCUGUCGCAGAGACUGUUGCUACCGAGUCCGUUGCAGCGUCACUACCAACUACGGCCGACUAUGUGAUGCAAUUUCAGGGCCCAAUGGACACUACCGUGGCUUCAGACGAGACGCAGUCCAACAAUCCAUUUGCCUUAGACGCUGACACCAUUACCAUCCAGCACACCAAAGGCUCCUCUCCAGAGCGCUUGUCCGAUAUCAAAGAAUGUGUCACUCCAGAGCCUCCGCAGGACCAGGAACACUAUGGAGACCAGACGCCUCUGAGUCCCGUGAGCCCUCUACGGCCUGGUGAGAUAGUGAAGAGGUCUUCUGCUGUCAGUCCAGUACAGACAGAAGUUACGAAUGGCAUUGACGAAACCCUUCGUCUUGCCAACGACGAGAGGACUGAAACCAACAGCGUCGGCGAGCAGUCGAACUUUGAAUCAUCGCAGCCGGCUGAGCCCAUGCCUCCACCCACGCCGCGGACUCCAAAGACCUAUUCGAAGUCCGUUCAGCUUCGCCCAAGCGUGACUAUCACCGACAGCAACAGCACCGGGAGCAACCGUUUCUCUCUGCCCGGCGACCUGAGCACAGUCGGAGACACGACCUUCAACAGCGCCUCCGACAUGGUCACAGACAUUGCUGUGCGAUUCUCGCUUCCUCAGACGACAAUCACCGUUGGCAAGCCACAGAUAAUUGAUGUCUCCACAAGCUCCACGCCCGAUAGAGCCAAGCAAGAAGUGUCGUUUGGUCCCUCGACUCAGAAUGCCGACCUUAAGGCAGCCAGACGUAGUUCGGUCAUGUUUGCCGACGAAGUGGCAUCCCUCAACAUCAACAAGAAGCCAGAACAGCAUCGUCCACUCCAAGGAGCGGAGGCUUCUAUGGCCAAAGGCAAAUCCAUCAUUCGACGAUCAUCGCCACGAGACGAUAUUGACUUUAGUAGAAUUUCCCGCGACAGCACCAUCGACACGCGGUUUACGGGCGGCAGCAAUCUCAACGGCAUCAAUAAUCGUUUUGGUAGCACACACCUUCCCGGUCUUAAGGAAGAGUCGAUUGAAGAUAUGAGCAUCUCAGAUCACAAACGGGUGCCCGGAGGAUCCAAUGGAGAUCAAUUUCCUCUGCCAGCUCGCAUUGCGGCUGUCAAGGCCAUGCAGGAGCGUCGAUUGCAAGAGUCGGCCGAUAAAGCUAAAGCGCGGCGUCAGGCUCGUCAGCAUAACCGACCGCUUGCAGACACCAGAGAUUUGCCAUCGCUGAACUUCAGCCGGACCGAUCUGAUUGACAGAUUGAACGAAGCAUUGGAGGUUCGCUCGGCCACAUCAAUGGAUAUUGUUCGCCGCCGUGACUUCACUGGCAUUCACUGCCCUUCGCCUCAGCGUCCGUUGAGUACCGAGCCUCUGCGAGAGCGGUACACGAGCUUCUUCAGCAAGCCAGAAGAGUUCACGUUCCUUGACGAUCAGCCCGACAGCGAGGAUGAGGAAGAUGAUGAGUCUGAGCCUGAGCCUGAGCACAACAACGAGAAAGCUCUUGUUCCGACCUUGCAGAUCCAGGAGCAGACUGAAAUCGAAGGCGUUGAGCCUGAGAAGCGUCCUUUGUCUCCAGAAGACUUCCUCAAUGUCGCCUCGCAGGUCCAGCGUCUUUCCAUACCUAACGUCAACGGGCUUUCGGAUCGCUUGUCAGAGCUCAUUCCCGGGCUUCGUAAUUUGUCCAACCUGCAACUGGACAACAUCUUUGCAAAUGCCUCCAGCCGCGAAAGCCUCCGCCGCAGUCUUGAAGCCGCCAGGCCUGAUACUCUGAUGACGAAUCGAACCUCUGCAGGCUUCCGCACCCUCGCCGAGCGCGCGGAAGAGAUUGUCAAGAACGGCACUCACGACUCUGUUGCUGCCCAUGGUCUUGCACUGAACAAAGAUCUACCUCCGCUUCCAGAGUCUGCAUCGGUGGACAAGAUAUCUGGCAAUAGCUCCCCUGAAGGUAAGCAGGCCUACUUGAGCGGAUCUGUCUCAGCGCCGGUGGACUUGGGCAAAGGUCCGAGCCAUCCAGCUUCUGCGCUGCUGCGUACAAAGGUACCUACCACUGAGGCCGAGGUGCAGCAGUUGCUGCCGAAAGAAAUGAAUCCAAUCACACGCAACGCAAGAAAGUCAAUGAUUGCCUCGCAGCAUACCAGCAGACCUUGGAACCAAGACGAGAACUAUCCAUGGACCAGCAAAAUCGAGAUUGAUCUCUCUGUCCCUUCGCCGGCACACACGCGCAACUCGCUCGCUAGUGAGGUGCUUCGGGAGCGUCGUACCAAAUCCCUGGAUCUUAACCAAUCCACUGAGCCUACCGAUACGACCAAAGACGUCGAUAUCGGAUCGUUGAUUGACACACGACUUGAGAGAAGUGCUUCAGUCACAACUGAGCAAGCUACGGGUAUCACCCCACAACACGCCCGUAAGAUAUCCAAGCGUUCCAUCAUUGGCUCAAUCACAAGGAAGUUCGGCCUUUCGACAAAGACCACCGCGGACGAGGAUACAACCACCAAGAGUCUGCCAAGUCGGUCGCCUUUGCCAGCUCGCGCUUCGACACAGCAGUCGCACAAGCCCGGUGAUCGUUAUCCGACCUCCGCACUGACGCCGCCUGCUGGAUUUAACCUGGACGAAGUGCGGUCUUUCUUCUCGGAUAACAGCUCGGAGCGUGAUCGUACGGCAUCCUUCCGCAAGCGCCUCACGCACUUCAAGGGCAAAGGCAAGGCGGUUGCCCGCUCAUCGGAGCCAGUCCGUGGCACUUCGCUCGACGAUACCAAUACUGCCUAUGAUGGCGCAUCGCUUGUCGACGCUCGUGUGGGGGCAAAUAGUCGCGCUCACACAUACGAUGGGGUCGGCAUGAGCAAGACGGAGUUUCACAUCAAGCGCUUCGGGGAGAAAUUGCGGCAUUUGUUCGCACGUGGCGGUGAGCUGAUUCGAUCGCUGAGUGCACGGGGUAAGGGCAAGACGCCCGAGCAUGCCCAGGAUGAGUGGUUGGCGGAUUCGCUUUACUCUGGUGUGUGA